CUGGAUUCUCAUGGACCAGCAGCAGCUUCAGAGUCUUCCAUCUGAGCAUGCCGUCCUGAUCCAGAAUGAGUGCCCUAACCAACAGCUCAGCUCACACCGACUACUUCCUGGGCGUUGAUGACCUGGACUACGAGAUCCCUCCCAAUGAAAUCCCAGACACCACACAGGGCCAGGCGUUCUUCGUGGCCACCAUUGUCAUUGCCGUGGUCCUGGUGGGCAUCAUGCUGGUGUGCGGGGUGGGAAACUGCCUGUUCAUCGCCAGCCUUGCCCGCUACAAACAGCUGCGUAACCUGACCAACCUGCUGAUCGCUAACCUGGCCGUGUCAGAUGUGCUGGUGGCGGUGGUGUGCUGUCCCUUCCUGCUGGACUACUAUGUGGUGAAGCAGCUGUCGUGGGAUCACGGCCUGUUGCUCUGUGCCGCCAUCAACUACCUGCGAACCGUCUCCCUCUACGUGUCCACCAACGCUCUGCUGGCCAUCGCUGUGGACAGGUUCAUGGCCAUCCUCCACCCUCUGAAGCCUCGUAUGAAGCACCAGACGGCAUACUGUGUGAUCCUGACUGUCUGGAUCGUGCCUGUCUUCAUCUCCAUCCCUGCUGCCUACAUGGCUUCAGAGACCACAUAUCCCCAUGUUGAAGGUCACUCCCAUAAGACCUUCUGCGCCCAGAUCUGGCCAGUGGACCAGCAGGUUUAUUACCGCUCCUACUUCCUCAUCAUCUUUGCGUUGGAAUUUGUGUUUCCUGUUACUGUCAUGGCUGUCUGCUACAUCCGGAUCUCCAGGGAGCUGUGGUUUAAGGACGUUCCAGGUUUCCAAACAGAGCAAAUUCGGAAAAGGCUUCACAGGCGACGCAGGACUGUGGUGGUACUGAUUCUGGUGCUAGUCGCAUAUGUUCUUUGCUGGGCACCGUACUACGGCUUUGCCCUGUUCAGAGACUUCUACCCCACCCUGAUUUCAAGGGACAGGAACUCUCUGGUGGCCUUCUACAUCAUUGAGUGUAUUGCCAUGAGCAAUGGGGUCAUUAACACCCUCUGUUUCGUUAGCGUACGAAACAACACCAAGCGGCUGAAGAAGGAUGGCAAGUUCCCACUGAAACUGGUGACGUUUGUGGCGGCCAAGUCCACAGAUGAAGGGGAGGCACGAACUUCCUCCCUCCGAGUGACGGAAGACAUGGAAGGAGGUCGACUGAGGUAGAAAACAGCCAACACCGUCUCUCAGAAAUUAUGAUCAUUAGUUACUACUAUCAUUAGUAUCAUUAGUAAAUAUGUUUGUAUAAAUCCUAUGUCACCUGCACAUUUUGUUACUACAAAAUAAUUGAUUUUUCACAAUUAAAAUAAUAUCAAAUUGGCAAAUGUUGAUUCAGAAUACAAAGAUUUGUUCCACCAAAUAAAUAACAAUGUCUACUUUUCAUGGUUCAGUUUAGAUGCUGAGCGACUGGGUUGCAACGAGAUACCAGGAGGAUCUGGUUUAAUACAAAGAAAAGUGCAUUUAUUAUUUAAGCUCAACCAGUUUCAUUCUUUUUGGCUUAAACCUUAUCCCAUACAGGUGUAAAUGCAUUGCUGUUUUUAUAUAAAACCAUAAUCUUUUCUUAACCAUAAUCAAUGCAGUUCAAUUGAUUAAACCUAUAAACCUGAAGGUCCUGGAUUUUGGAAACAAAUCCAUCCAUGUGGAAAAGCAGAAAAACUGCUGAUCCAUCACUGACAAACAUUGUUUCCUUGAAACAAAAUUACGACUCUGAUUUCAUUUGUGGUCGAACAUAAUGUGGGCGGCAUUGGGUUUAUAACCAAACAGGACUGGAUUCGUUGUGUAUGAAUGUAUUUCCUGAGAGAUGGAUGAAGUUGGAAAGGCUGUUGCUUUUAAAGCAGCAACAUAAAACAAAUUCCAAUCAGAAGGUGGAGCUCCAGGAUCUGGUUUUCAUCAAAAUUGCCAACAAAACAGAGGUAAUGGUCUCUUGGACCAUUUCAGGGGUUGGAAAGACGUAAAACUGUGCACGAGACUGGAAAAACUCAACAUUUGUUCACAACUCAUGGAGUGAAAAAUUUGAGUCCCAUGAUGCAUUGGUGACAAAACAAUUUAAUUCUGAUCAGAUACUUCAGUUUCAACACAACCAUGUAUGAUCCUGUUUACACUAUGGACUUCAAUGUCUAAAAAUCCACUAAGUUGCUGGUUCAGGAUUAUUUAUAUUUUAAUGAUGAUUCAAUAAAUGUAUUUAUGUUUUGCAUUUUGUUUUACAAGUUAGCUAUUUAUUGUAUAAGUUUGAUAAUAUCAAAACUUAAUCUAUAUUUAAUCUUUAUUUCUUAUUAUCCUAUAAUUUAUCUUUAAAAUCGCAAAAAUAAUUAUAACAGUUACAAAAACUGUAUCUUCCUAGCUGUGUUCAGUAGGGAAAACAAUGGCUUCUAUUUUUAUCACUUCUUUUCUUUAGCCACUUUUACACACAGAUCCUGGAAAAAAGGCGAGAUAGUGAUCCCACCUUUUUUCCACCAUUGACCGAUUUUCACAGCCAAGCUCAAGGAGUGACAGAGGUGAGACAGGCUGGACUUUUACACAGCGGACCUGCGUUCCAGAUUCAAAGAAGUGGUGACGCAGCGCAGGUAUAGUGCACAUAUGGAAACACUGGCAUGGAUUCUGCAGCACUCGCAGAACGUGGCAUCCCUGGCACAAACCUGGGCAGCUGCUGCCGAAUCCAUAUCAGUGCCUCCAUAUGUGCCCGCUGUCUCGCAGGCGUGGGGGUCACUGUCAUCAAAACAUCACACCUUGGUUGUGGAACGAGGGGUGUUCCUUUUACAUAACAUUCCGGAAUCAUGAUUCCGCCUUUAUCAU